GCGCGCUUGUUCUCCUCUCACUUUGAGAGGCGGCUGCUCUUUUCUUUUUCACUUUCACUUUUUUAUUCAUCAAGUGGGUCAGUCCUUUUCCUGGCGCUGACCUCCUGCCUAGUCAUUUGGGACCGUACUAUGCCGGUGGUUGGCGUCGCCUCCAAACUCAGGCAACCGUCCUCCGCGGUGAAGCCGGUGCACAGCGCCCUGCCCUUCCCCAGCAGCCCGCGGGUGAGCGCCGCCUCCCAGGGCUUCAUGGCCAGGCAGCAGGAGCUCAAGGCGGGCGAGGGCGCCCCCUUGCUCCACUGCCAGCUGUCGGUCAAGUCCCAGUGCCAGCCGGCGAGGACGCCUGAAGGGAAGUCCAGGGCCGAGAGCGAGGAGAGCCGGAUCUGCAAGAUUUACACUGACUGGGCCAACCACUACCUGGCCAAGUCUGGCUGCCCGCGGCUCAUCAAGGACCUGAGCCAGGACAUCACUGAUGGAGUCCUGCUGGCACAGAUCAUCCAGAUAAUAGCCAACGAGAAGGUGGAGGACAUCAACUGCAGCCCUCGGAGUCACACACAAAUGAUCGAGAACGUGGACGCGUGCCUCAGUUUCCUGGACGCCAGAGGAGUGAACGUUCAAGGGCUCUCAGCAGAAGAGAUCAGGAAUGGCAACCUGAAGAGCAUCCUGGGUCUCUUCUUCAUCCUGUCGCGCUACAAGCAGCAGCAGCAGCAGCAGCAGCAGUACUACCAGUCGCUGGUGGAGCUCAGCCAGCAGACCAGCAGCACGUCUGCCAGCAGCCUCAAGUCGCAGGAGAUGCAGUCCAGUCUCACUGCGCGGUAUGCAAGUCCUCCUGGCCAUGCUGGAAUAGGAUCGCCACAGAAGAAAAACACAAGGUUACCGGGACCUUCCAGGGUACCCGCUGCAGGCAGCGGGGCCUGCAGGAGUCCGGGCUCGUCCAACCUGAACCGCCGCAGCCAGAGCUUCAACAGCAUCGACAAGAGCAAGCCUCUGCAGUACGCCAGCGGCAACGACCGAGAGGCGAUGAGGAGCACCCCUGCACCCGGCGGCUUGAACGGGAGCGGACUCGGCGGGACUGUUCCCGCCAGCCUCAGUGGGCAGCAGCUGGUCUCUGCCAUUCCCUCCCCCGCCGCGAGCAAGUCGUGGCGCAGCAAGUCUAUGAACCUCAAGCACAGUGCCACUUCCUCCAUGCUGGCCAGCCCCACGCAUACGUCCACCCCGUCACCUUCAUCCAACAUCCAGGAGGGCAGUGGACCCCAAAGAUCCAUGCUGGAGAAGUUCCGCCUCAUCAACCCUCGGUCCGCCUCCCGGGUAUCACCGUCCAUGGCUGAGAUGGCUCUGCAGGAGGAGGACGACCUUUCAGAGUACGGGGACGAUGGACUCACGCCAACCGGCUCCGUCUGCAGCAGCGGCAGUAGCAGUGCUACGGCUAAACUCGCCCCCACUAAGUCCAGCACGUCAACAAGCAAGACCUCAUCUUCAAAGGGUGCCGCCAACGCCGGCAGGUCGGCGGCCACGUCCAAAGACAAGGAGGACAAAAGCAAAACCGGGAGCAAGCUCCAGUCCAAAGAGGAGCGGGAGUCCUUUGCGGACUCCGCAAAGAAGACCUCCAAAAUUGCCAGCUUGGUACCUAAGGGAGCCAAGCAAGGGAAGAAAGAGCCCGCGGGAUCUAGUGGCAUACCCAAGCCAGGACUUAAAGCCCCCUCCACGACAAAGCCUCAGGGUCAGUCCCAAAGCCAGGCGAGCCUAACCAGCACUGCCAACCUGGAGCGAGCCAAGAUGGCAAAGGGCGGCCAAGGUCUCUACACCCAGCGCACCGGCGGGGGUCCAGAGGGCAAGAGAACCAGCAUGACCUCCUCCACCAGCACCUCGGCCCUUUCCGGAUCCGGCGGCACCCUGGCAGGAGGAGGCGCCCUGGGGGGGAACGGUGUGGUUCAGCUCCCACAGCAGCAACAGCACAACCACCCCAACACUGCCACCGUGGCCCCCUUCAUGUACAGGACCUUCUCGGAGAAUGAUUGCACCAUGGUGGCUCCAGCCGACCCCUGCCUCAGCCCCACCAAGGGGGAGCUGGUCUACAGCAAGACAGCCAAACAGUGCCUGGAGGAGAUAUCAGGAGAGGACCCCGAGACCAGACGGAUGAGGACGGUUAAGAACAUCGCUGACCUGCGGCAGAACCUGGAAGAAACCAUGUCCAGUCUCCGGGGGACACAGAUCAGCCACAGCACACUGGAGACCACCUUUGACACCACCGUCACCACCGAGGUCAACGGGCGGAGUCUCCCUGCCCUCGCCGGCCGCCCCUCCCCCAUGGCCUGGCGCCUGGGCCAGACGCCCACGCCGCGUCUGCAGGCGGGCGAGGCCCCCUCCGUGCCCGGCGGCUACACUGCGCCCCGGGCCGCGGCGGCGGGCGCCGGCGGCCCCGCGGCAGGGCGCUACGGCGGGAACCCCGACCCCUCCAGGUUUGUGUACAGCGCCCCCCUGAGGCGGGCGGGGCCACGGGGGGAGCAGGGCGAGAGGGGCGGCGGCGGACUGGAUGGAGGGAAGCAGACGGAGGUGGCGGGGUACGUGAGCGACGGGGACGUCCUGGGGAAGAACGCCCGCUUGGAUGACGUCACCAGCGGGUAG